CCGUGAGUCACGUUUCCCAAAGUUGUGGAGUAGCAAUCGCGCUUUGCCUUUCCUGCAAACUCCAAAAGGACCGGCUAUUCCUUUGCUUUUUUUGAGGGGGAACUUUUUAAGGGACGCAGGAGGCGAGCGCUCCCCCUCGCACUGCAACUUUUUCUGGGGGUGCGUGUGGAUUUUUUUUUUUCUUCUUUGAUUUUCGGGGUGCUAGUUGUUUCGCAUGAAUCUCCUCGACCCUUACCUGAAAAUGAGCGAAGAACAGGACAAGUGUCUCUCCGACGCGCCCAGUCCCAGCAUGUCCGAGGAUUCCGGCGGCUCGCCGUGCCCGUCCGGCUCGGGUUCGGACGCGGAGAACAGCCGUCCGUCCGACAUGCACCUCCUGCACGGGGCCGAUUACAAGAAGGAGGGCGACGAGGAGAAGUUCCCCGUGUGCAUUCGGGACGCCGUGUCCCAGGUGCUCAAAGGCUACGAUUGGACUCUGGUACCCAUGCCGGUUCGCGUUAACGGCUCCAGCAAGAACAAGCCGCACGUCAAGAGACCCAUGAACGCCUUCAUGGUUUGGGCUCAGGCUGCGCGUCGGAAGCUGGCUGACCAAUACCCGCAUCUGCACAACGCGGAGCUCAGCAAAACUUUGGGCAAACUUUGGAGGCUGCUCAACGAGGCCGAGAAGCGGCCGUUCGUGGAAGAGGCCGAGCGCCUGAGGGUGCAGCACAAAAAGGACCACCCGGACUACAAGUACCAGCCCAGGCGGAGGAAGUCUGUGAAAAACGGCCAGAGCGAGCCCGACGACGGCGAGCAGACGCACAUCUCGCCCAACGCCAUAUUCAAGGCUCUGCAGCAGGCAGACUCGCCCGCUUCCAGCAUGGGAGAGAUGCACUCCCCCGGGGAACACUCAGCAGGUCAGUCCCAGGGUCCGCCCACACCCCCGACCACCCCCAAGACGGACCUCCCCUCGGCCAAGUCGGACCUGAAGCGCGAAGGUCGCCCGCUUCAGGAAGGCCCCGGCCGCCAGCUCAACAUCGACUUUGGCGCCGUCGACAUUGGCGAGCUGAGCAGCGAGGUCAUCUCCAACAUGGGCAGCUUCGACGUGGAUGAGUUCGACCAGUACCUACCGCCUCACAGCCACGCCGCCGCCGCCCAGGGGGGCUACCCCGGGAGCUACGGUGUGGCCGGCUCCGCGGUAGCCCCGCAGGGGACCUGGAUGUCCAAGCAUUCUACUCUGGCAGGGGAGGCGGCUCAACAGCGAGCCACUCAGAUCAAGACGGAGCAGCUGAGCCCCAGUCACUACAGCGAGCAGCAGCAGCAGCAGGGGGGCUCCCCCCAACACGUGGCCUACGGUUCCUUCAGCCUGCAGCACUACAGCGCCUCCUCCUACCCGCCCGCCAGCAGGGCCCACUAUGACUAUCCCGAACACCAAGCUGGCGCUUACUACUCUCACUCCUCCGCUUCGGGUCAAGGCUCCGGCCUGUACUCCACCUUCAGCUACAUGAGCCCCAGCCAGAGGCCCAUGUACACCCCCGUGGCCGACAGCGCCGGGGUCCCUUCGGUGCCGCCCGCUCACAGUCCGCAGCACUGGGAGCAGCAGCCCAUUUACACCCAGCUGAGCCGGCCGUGAGGACUGAAAAAAAUACCGCGCUGACUCUUGUUUUUGCCAAUUGUGUACAUCAGCCUGACUCGGGUGCAGGUGGGGUUCACGUCCCACUUAGUGAUGGUCUGAAUAUUGUCUCUCUACACUGUAAAAAAAAAAAAAAAAAAAAACUGUAAAAUACUGGCAGCUUUGGUUCCCAGAAUUUUACGUCAAAAAAUGGGAAAACUGUAAAAAAAAAUUUGUACUUGAUGGUGGUGGUGAACUCACUGCACCUCUCCAACCAGGAUUUGAGCAAGAAGUCGACCGAUAUGGGAUUUUCAUUGGCCGAUACCUAAAAAAUUUUUCAGUCGAUUGCCGAUAUGCAAAGCCGAUUUUGUAAGCCGAUAUUUGAGGCCGAUAUACGUUACUAUUUUCAAAGCACGUAGAUUAAAAAAUUGCUUGGUGUAAAAAAGGCCUACACCGUAGCUACGAGAAUGCAACCUGUGGAUGUGCAGUUACUAGGGCCGUCCCAAACAAUCUUUUUUCUUCCGACCAUCUCAGCAAUUAGUUGAUUAGAAGGAACAAUGGAAUAUUUUUCAAUAAUCCGGCGAUUAUUUUUGGAGUAUGCUAUUAAUUAAUUCCCAAAACAUUUCUGAACACCUCUUUAAAUUGAGUGAGAGGUCGCUCGCCAUGCUAAAACUAAUGCUAACGCUACAAGUUACAAGUUACGUUUAGCUUGCAAGGAUCACUCCGUAAACACCUUAGAAGGCUAAAGCAACAAUUUCUGCCCACCUAUUUAAAUUGAGUGAAAUUUUGAGGUCGCUCGCAAUGCUAAGAGUUAUGUUUAGAGUGCAAGGAUCACUCAGUAAACACCUUAAAAGGCUAAAGUAACAAUUUCUGCCCACCUAUUCAAAUUGUGAGAUGAGAUCGCUCGCCAUGCUAAAACUAAUGCUAAUGCUAAAGCUACGAGUUACAUUUAGUGAGCAAGGAUCACUCAGUAAACACCUUAGAAGGCUAAAGCAACAAUUUCUGCCCACCUAUUCAAAUUGAGUUUAAGAGGUCGCUCCCCAUACUCAAGCUAAUGCUAACGUGAAGCUAUGCUAAUGCUACGAGUUAUGUUUAGAGUGCAAGAAUCACUCAGUAAACACCUAAAAAGGCUAAACCAACAUUUUCUGAACACCAAUUUAAAUUGAGAGAUAAGAGGUCGCUUGCCAUGCUAAAACUAAUGCUAAUGCUAAAGCUACGAGUUACGUUUAGUGUGCAAGGAUCACUCAGUAAACAGCUUAAAAGGCUAAAUCAACCAUUUCUGCCCUCCUGUUCAAAUUGAGAGUUUAAGAGGUCACUCGCCAUACUCAAACUAAUGCUAACGUGAAGCUAUGCUAAUGCUAUGAGUUAUGUUUAGAGUGCAAGGGUCACUCAGUAAACACCUUAAAAGGCUAAAGUAACAAUUUCUGCCGACCUAUUCAAAUUGAGAGAUAAGAGGUCGCUCACCAUGCUAACACUAAUGCUAAGAGUUAUGUUUAGAGUGCAAGGAUCACUCAGUAAACACCUUGAAAGGCUAAAGCAACAAUUUCUGCCACCUAUUCAAAUUAAGAGUUUAAGAGGUACUCGCCAUACUCAAGCUAAUGCUAACGCAAAGCUAUGCAAAUGCUACGAGUUACAUUUAGAGUGCAAGGAUCACUCAGUAAACACCUAAAAAAAAUCUUACAGUAUUUACAAAACAAGUAAGCCUGAAGCUUACCUGUGGCAGCCUGCCUUCAAGCUGCUGUGGGGUCCUUCUGGGGUCCUAAAGUCAAUAAGCAGCAGCAGCAGUUGCCCACACAGAUGCCUGAUCAAAAUCUUUUUUUUUUUUUUUUUAAUCGGCAAGAAAAAGUCCAUAUAUCGGCCCGAUAUAUGGGUCGGUCGAUAUAUCGGCCGACCUCUAAUUUAACGACUGAGCUACUGAAGACCGGUUAGAACGAGUGGUGGGCAUGUCAAAGGUUACGAAAACAUGGCAGCUAACGCUAAACCUGGCUAUUAGCACGACAGUCAGGAUGUUUGACUGCCGCAUGGGUUCAAACCCCCAUUUAGAAGUGUAGUGAUUUCACCUCUAUAACAGAAAGAGUAUACACAAAAGGUUUUUGCAGUCAUUUGCUGAAAAACAAUUGUUAAAUUUUUUUGUUUUUAUAGUAGUUUAUUAUCAAUUUGACACUACUCUUUUUACAGUUUUCCUGUUUUUGAAGCAGUACAAUCCUGGCAAUCACAGCUGCCAGUAUUUUAAAAAGAUUUUUUUGUUUUUUACAGUGUAUAUGUUCCUGUCGACCAGUUAUUGGUAGUCCGGAUUCAGGCUCGAGUUACCUGCUAAACGGUAGAGAAAAUGGACGGCUAGAUCUUUCCGGAUUGGCUCCUGACAGUGCCUUUUUGUAAACGCUUGGAAUGGUGAUUAUAUUUUUCUAGAUAUAAUACAAAAAGAAAUCCUCCGUGAGGACAUAGUGCUUUGAAAUAUUUUAGUAUGUACUGUGUAUGUGUUUUGCUCUUCAGCUAAUCCGUGCCAUCCGUUGGAAAUGUCUUAACUCAUUCGCUGCCAUUGACGGCUAUAGACGAAUGACCGGGAAAUGGGAAAAAUUACCCGCAGUGGCCUUGUUUCCAUGUUUUUUUGUUUUUGUACAGUGACUGAGUUUUUUUCCAACUGUACAUAUUUUUAUUCCAGCGGAGGACUGAGCGGUGCAGGCUAGGUCAGAGGUGCGGGGAGGGGGAAAUAUUGUUAAUUUAUGUAUUCUGAGCAUUUGGGCUUUUUGUAACGGCUAAUUUUUUGGGGAAUUUUACGACGGGCCGUAGCUCGCGUCUGCCUUCAUACCACUGGUGCCUGCGGAGCCACGGACGGGAGGCUCCGCCCAUCGCUAUUCCCACUUCCUGCUCUCAGCAGCCAGCAGGUCUGAGCCCCGCCCACCCGCCACGCCCUCUCUAACCUCUCUUAAUUUAUUCUUUAGCAUUUAAUUUUAUUGGAAAAUUAACUUUUUUUUUCCCGGUUGCAAUUAUCUUCAGAGGCUCGUCUCGCAGAGUAGUUUUGUUUCGUGGUACAGAUGUGUUUAUUUAUCGUUCGUAAAUGGUAUCAUUCGAUUCAGAGCGUCGGAGUCAAACUGGAACUUUUCUGUUGUUUGUUUUUGAAAGGAAAAAAGUUGCUGGAAUGGACGCGAUGUUUUUUUUUUGUGUUGAGAUUUGUGUUCUUUUUGUAUUCUGUAUCAUUAGUCCUGGUUUUGUGUCAUCUCUUGCUGCAGUCUCCUCUUAGGUAAACAUGGCGUUGUCUUUAAAAAAAAAAAAAAAAAAAAAAGCGUAUCUUUUUUUUUGUAUCAUAUUGUUUGCAAUAAAAACAAAACACUGUAAACUCA